AGUUGAUCACGGCAACCAUAACACCAUGCACAGUGAAUCAACCGGAUAGAUCCUGGACCUGACCGACAUAGAUAGAGAGAUCGAUUUGUUGUUGUUGCUAUUUGUAUAUAGACUAGAUAUACGGUACCAUGCCAGCCCCGACUACGCGUUUCCUGUUGGGCCGACGAGGUCGUCACUUGUAUCCUCUGCGAACAGCUGCUGGUAUGCUGUCGUCUUCUGCGUCGGAUUCCAAGAGCAGCAAUACGAAUGCCUCUUCUUCCAGCAGCACACCUACGACGGUGACCCAAGUGGGUCGUCACAGCAUUCCUCCGAAACAAAGCAAGAGUUGGGGUUGCAAGCUCAAACGUGGUGGAAACAACGGUGGCAUGAUGUCUCCAACAUAUGCCUAUGGAUUUCCACCGGCAGCCCACGCCACGGUUGGCAGCGGUCGAUGGGCGUUUUCUCCGAUUGUGGCAGUGACAUUGAUUCUAUUGAGUGUUUGUUUUGUGGGAGCUUACUGUUUGGUACUGCGGAUUGAUGAGACCAUUCAGGAAUCUGUCAGUGGAGCAACCAGCACAAGCACAACUACAACUACAACUACUAGUAACUCGGACAGUAUUCUCUCCAUUGCCACAAAAACUGACGAUCGAAUGGCCACAUCCAUUCCUCCCAAUUUCCAUGCCACGACUACCACUACUACUACUACGAGUACUAUUGCCACUCGCAUGGAAAAAGCAGUACCACCACCACCACAAUCCUCCUCAGACGAGACCUUCAUGGUACCGCUGUAUCUGAAUGUGACAGUCUUUCAAAUUCCCUGCGACGAAUUGACGGUGCAAGUAGUACAAGCGGACCAUUCGGAAGGAGAAUCACCGAAAACUGCCACGGAUCGAUUGGUCUUUAAAACCGUCAUGGUCGACGAAGAGGAAUUACAGUCGGCUCGAAUUGCACGUGGGCUUGUCAGUAGUAGUAGUAGUACCAAAAAGAGAGACGACAACAACAAUGCGACAACGACACGAGAAUCACUCUCUCAGCAAGACGUCCUACUUCCCGUGCAACGAAAAUUAGAAGAGGACGAGGAAACAGAGCAAGCACAACACACAAAUCAACAACAAGAAGAAGAACAAAUGUCGUCCUCAUCAUCAUCAUCCCACAAUCACCACCACCAUCCCACACAGGGCUGUCAAAUCAAAGGACACCUCCAAUUACCAAUAGGAAAUGCCCAACGACCCGCCAUUGUUUCCGUCAAGGCACUCUAUCCACAACAACAACAACCACACGAUAUCAACUUGUCUCAUCGAGUCGACAUGCUCAAGCUAGGGUCUUCCAGGAAAAAAUUUCCAAUGGAAGAAACCAUGGUCAUGGGUAAAAAGUUCCAGCCACGCACAUAUACCGAUCGAAAAGAAAAUGACAAUGACCAACAACAACAACAGCGAGAACUUCUGGUCGUCCAUCGAUAUCAAGUAUUCAACAAUUUUCGGCUCCGAGAACUGGUGCCUCCAGUGACAAAAAAGUCGCAACCUACAAAAGCCUCGGAAAUUCAAAUCGUAUUUGUACCACCCUCCUCGAAGAAUUAUUAACUAAUUAUUGAUGAAUGAAUGAAUGAAUGAAACAACAAAGCGCAACAAAAAGACAAAAAAGUCUCACAAUACCCGUUCUUCACAACAACAACAACAAUAACCUGGACGCACUGAACAUGCAGUGCCAAAACCCAAAACCCCUUGACAGGAAUGCAUCGAAACUGAACGAAUGAACGAACCGGAUGCUGAUUGGCCAUCCCAAUCCAAUGUGCAAGACACUUGUAAGAAGCAACAACAACAACAACAAGUGCUUGCAGUGCCCUUGGACUUCUUUGUUUGUUCGGAAAGGACUGUACAGUAGCUGAUUCUAUUUACCUUUGUAUACCUUACACUUACACUUCUAACAAAACUGACACACUGGAAUACGUCGAUUGCGCCAUGGACUUGCCU